CAGUUUGUGGUAUUCAAGUUUAACUCAUCACAGUUUCAUAAAACAAGAGUGAAGAGAAAGAACGUUUUUUUAACUCACUACACGCCUAUAUUAUUCAUUGGAAUUGUCAUGUUUUUAUAUUUUAUCAUUAUAAUAAAUAAAUAAAUAACAAAUAUAUAUUCAAUAUGUUAAGGUGGAACAAUUUUUUAUCAGUGAUGUUUUUUCAUUUAUUUUUUUUACUGUUAAUAUUUGAUCAAAAUACAGGCAAUCAUGUCAACAGCAUCAAUGGCAUCGAAAAUCUCAAACGGGGUGAAAAUUUAAACUUUAAAAAUAGCGAGUCUUCGUCUAUCAUUCAUUUACGUGGGAAACGUUUUUUAACGUUAAAAAAUCAAAAGUCUGAUAAAUCAUAUCAAGCAUGUAUUACACCUGAAAAUCGCCAAGGCCACUGUCGAUAUUUUUCAAAAUGUAAUUUAAAUGAUUUUCAAGCGAAUUUUACGAAAUACCUUGACUCCAUGUGUAUCAUUGAACAAUCAUCUGUUGGUAUUUGUUGUCCAGACAAUGCAAUCAAAGAUGAAAAUAACAACUCAACAAGUACCUGGAAUUUUCCUGAAUCUCUUCCACAAAUUGCAGAUGAUGCUGAUGAUGAUGAUAUUUAUCCAGUCUUGCAAACACUUGAACCACCUGAUGAAAAGGUAAAAAAUAAUUCAACAAUAAAUACAAAAAUUUUAUCAAAUAGAACAUCAAGAAGACAUCGAGGUUGUGGUAUGAGUUUAAAAAAUAGAAUUAGAAUUGUUGGUGGAUCACCAGCAGAUCCAAGAUCUUGGCCAUGGAUGGCAGCACUAAUUCGUCCUGGUACUAGACAAUAUUGUGGUGGUGUUUUAAUUACUGACCGACAUGUACUAACUGCUGCGCAUUGUUUCAUUGGAAUUGAUAAGAGCAAAGUAACAGUACGUCUUGGUGAAUAUGAUUUUACAAGAGAUGACGAAACACGAGCACUUGAUUUUCAUAUAACUGAACUUAAAGUACAUCCAAAUUUCGAUGGUUCAAAUUACGAUAAUGAUAUUGCAAUAAUUAAAAUCCAUCGUCCGACAAUAUUUAAUACUUAUAUAUGGCCAAUUUGUUUACCACCAGUUGACCUUGAUGUUGAAGAAAGAAGUGCCAUUGUUGCUGGUUGGGGAACUCAGUAUUACGGUGGUCCAGCAAGUACAAUUUUGAUGGAAGUUCCAGUACCAGUUUGGCCUCAAGAUAAAUGUAGAGAGAGUAUGCCUCAACAAAUUUCCAAUAAUAUUAUCUGCGCCGGUGCUUAUCAAGGUGGACGUGAUUCUUGUCAGGGUGAUUCAGGAGGUCCUCUGCUCCAUCAAUUGGCAGAUGGUCGUUGGGUUAACAUUGGCAUAGUUUCAUGGGGAAUUAAAUGUGGUGAAGCUGGUUAUCCUGGUAUAUAUACAAAAGUCAGCGAAUAUCUCGACUGGAUUUUCACAAGCACAAGUUUCUGAAAAAAAUUCAAUUUAUAAUUAUAAACAACAUAAUAAUUUAACAAACACACAUUUGAAAACAAUUUAUUUAUUAUUAUUUUUCAAUAUUUAUUAAUACACAUUAUUGAAAUUAAUAUUUUUUUUUUUAAAUAAAUUUAAGAUAAAUAUUUAAUUCUUUGACAAGAUUAAAUUGAGAAUUUGGCUUAAUUAUACUUAUAUUUUAAAAUUUUUUAUUUCAUUUAUUCUUUUUUAUUAAAGGUAUUUUCCAGUGAUCUAUUAUAUAUAUUAUAUUUUAUUAUAUAAAGAGACAGAGAAAUUGAAAGUAAUAUUGAGAUUUACAUAUAAACUUCAAGUGCAUAUGUGUAUAUUUUUUGACAUUCAAUCGUACGAAUAAAAGGCCCAGCCUCAAUAUCUAACAGUCUAAUAUAAUAGAAGUCAUAUAUAUAUAUUCAACUUAUUUAUAUUUUAAUAUCAAUUUUGGUUGAAUAUUUUGCAUCAUUAUUCACGUUUAUUUAUGU